ACAGCCAAACCAAAUUCUAGGAGGGGAAAAAACCCAUUCAUUUGGGGUUGGCAUUGAGCGAUAGAGCUAGAGGCAAUUGAUGGAGAUGAAGCCAUGGAUUCCAGUCCUGAUGCUUUUAGCUUGCUUAUGGUUUCCAGCUUCAGUGGAGUGCAUGGUUCGCCACUACAAGUUCAAUGUGGUUCUGAAAAAUACAACAAGAAUGUGCUCAACCAAGCCUAUUGUCACAGUGAACGGACUCUACCCUGGACCCACUUUAGUUGCUAGAGAGGACGACACAAUUCUUAUCAAGGUGGUGAACCAUGUCAAAUACAACGUCUCCAUCCACUGGCAUGGGAUUAGGCAAAUACGCACGGGUUGGGCAGAUGGACCGGCGUAUAUAACCCAAUGUCCGAUUCAACCAGGGCAGAGCUACGUGUACAACUUCACCAUCACCGGCCAACGGGGCACCCUUUGGUGGCACGCGCAUAUACUGUGGCUAAGGGCAACCGUGCAUGGUGCUAUAGUUAUAUUGCCUAAACGCGAUGUGCCUUAUCCUUUCCCCAAACCCCACAAGGAAGAAAUUGUUAUACUGGGUGAAUGGUGGAAAUCGGAUGUUGAAGCCGUCAUUAAUGAAGCUUUGAAAUCUGGGUUGGCCCCUAAUGUCUCCGAUGCUCACACCAUCAAUGGCCACCCGGGACCUGUCUCCGGCUGCCCUUCGAAUGGAUAUACGUUGCCGGUUAAAGCAGGGAUGACAUACAUGCUUCGAAUCAUCAAUUCUGCACUUAAUGAAGAACUGUUCUUUAAAAUCGCCGGCCACCAACUCACUGUUGUGGAAGUUGAUGCCACGUACGUGAAGCCCUUCAAAACCGACACCAUUGUUAUAACCCCGGGACAGACGACGAAUGUCCUCGUCGCAACCAACCGCGGAGGCGGAAAGUACAUGGUGGCAGCCUCAACUUUCAUGGACGCGCCGAUUGCGAUCGACAAUGUGACCGCCACCGCCUUCUUACAUUACUCCGGCUCCGGCUCUCUAACAAGUUCUGCCGCCACCGUCACAUCAACCCCUCCAAAAAACGCCACCUCGGUGGCAACCAAAUUUAUCAGCGCGCUACGAAGUUUGAAUUCCAAACAAUACCCUGCUAAAGUCCCUUUAAAGAUCGAUCAUUCCCUUCUUUUCACCGUCGGUCUUGGCGUCAACCCUUGUCCUACAUGCGUUAAUGGGAGCCGUGUCGUGGCUUCCAUCAACAAUGUCACCUUCGUUAUGCCGAAAAUCUCUCUACUCCAAGCCCAUUUCUUCAACAUAAGUGGAGUUUUCACCAGCGAUUUCCCCGGAAAUCCGCCGGUUCCGUUUAACUUCACCAGCACGCAAGUAACGAAUUUCGCCACCAAAAAAGGAACAAGGCUGUAUAGACUUGCGUACAACGACACCGUUCAGCUAGUCUUGCAAGAUACUGGGAUGAUUACCCCAGAGAAUCACCCUGUUCAUUUGCAUGGAUUCAACUUCUUUGAAGUUGGGAGGGGAUUGGGAAAUUUCAACCCCCAAACGGACCCUAAAAACUUCAAUCUUGUUGACCCUGUUGAGAGGAACACCAUUGGAGUGCCAUCUGGUGGAUGGACUGCUAUAAGGUUCAGGGCAGAUAAUCCAGGGGUUUGGUUCAUGCAUUGUCAUUUGGAAGUGCAUACGACAUGGGGGCUUAAAAUGGCUUUUGUUGUGGACAAUGGAAAAGGACCCAAUGAAUCACUUCUGCCACCUCCAAGUGAUUUCCCCAAGUGCUGAAACUGAAAAUCAAAAUGAAAUACAUGAAAAAGAUACAAAAAGAAAUGGAGAUUUUAUACGACUGAAAGCUAAAUGACUAAAGAAGAAGAGUUCAUUUGGAGCAACCAAUGAAUGUGCUCUAUAUUCAAUAAAAGUUGGCUGAAUUUGUUUUGUUUUUUUUGUUAUUAUUGUUCUCUUAAAUUUGGUUUUUUGUAAUAUAUGGCCUACAAAUUUGAGCUGUAAAGCUCUGAAUGUGUUUCUAUUGUAGAGGUCCC